AUGUCGGUGGCGGGCGAAGCCGGUCAGGGGAGCCCCGGGGCGGGCGGGGGCAGCGCGCUCUUCGAUGGCUUCCGCGCGCUCGGUCUCUAUUCCAACCACUUGGCACACGUGCUGCGCUUCCACCACCGUCACCGGGAGUUCUACCUGGUCACCGCUGCGGGGAGGAGCUUCCACACUUACAACGUAAAGAAACUAGGCAUAGUUGCUGUUAGCAAUGCUUUGCCACAGAAUAUUACAUGUUUGGCAGCUGACAGAAUGCUGGUCUUUGCAUCAUGUGGCAGUCUUCUCAAUGCUUUUGCUCGGAACAAAGAGGUGGUUCACACAUACAGAGGUCAUAGGACAGAUGUUCAUCUUGUGCUGCCAUUUGGGGAUCAUGUGAUAGCUGUAGAUAAUGAUAACGUUCUUAUUAUUUGGGAUAUACAGUCAGAAGAAGAAUACUUGCAGCUAAAUUUUGAUAAGACCGUGUUUACCAUUUCUGCCAUUAUGCACCCCAGUACCUAUCUGAAUAAAAUUCUUCUGGGUAGUGAACAAGGAAAUCUACAAUUGUGGAACAUAAAAUCCAGCAAACUUUUAUAUACAUUUCCAGGAUGGGGUGCAGGAGUGACGGUCCUUCAACAGGCACCAGCAGUGGAUGUCAUUGCAGUGGGUCUUGUGUCUGGUCAUAUCAUAGUGCACAAUAUUAGGUUUGAUGAAACACUGAUGAAAUUUCAACAAGAUUGGGGUCCCAUAACAGCAAUAUCAUUCCGAACAGAUGGGCAUCCAGUUAUGGCUGCUGGAAGUCCCAUUGGACAUAUUGGAUUGUGGGACCUAGAAGAAAAGAAACUUCUGGGCCAAAUGAGAGAUGCACAUUCCACAGCAAUUUCCGGCAUGUCAUUUGUUCAGGGAGAGCCACUUCUUAUUACUAAUGGUUCGGAUAAUGCUAUAAGAGUAUGGAUCUUUGAUGGCCCUGGAGGAAGUGGUAGAUUGCUGAGGUACCGAAUGGGACAUAGUGCGCCUCCAACAAAAAUCAGAUAUCAUGGACAAAAUGGGCAGCAAAUUCUUAGUGCUGGUCAAGAUGGUACCUUGCAGUCAUUUUCCACAGUACAUGAAAGAUUCAAUAAAAGUUUAGGACGUGGUUCCAUAAAUAAAAAGAAAUCAAAGAAGAAAGGACUUCAGUAUGAUACAAUGGCACUUCCACCUAUUACAACAUUUGCAACAGAGGUAGCUCGUCAAAGUGACUGGGAUGGGAUCAUUGCUUGCCAUCAAGGUUAUGUAACCUGUACCACCUGGAAUUAUCAGAAAACCUCAAUGGGAAUCCAUAAAUUGAAACCAAAAGACUUCAGCAAAAAUAAACCCCUUGGUGUAUAUGCAACAGCAGUAGAUAUCACUUCCUGUGGAAACUUUGCUGUAAUUGGGCUUACGACAGGACAUGUGGAUAUAUACAAUAUGCAGUCUGGUAUUCACAGAGGACGUUAUGGCAAAGAAAAAGCUCAUGAAGGCUCCAUAAGAGGAGUAGCAGUGGAUGGAUUGAAUCAGCUUACAAUCACAGUGGGAAGUGAAGGAUUGAUCAAGUUCUGGAAAUUCAAGACCACAAAAUUUGUUCACUCUACUGAUCUCUUGACUUCUCCAAGUAAAAUGUUGCUUCACAGAGACAGUGGCAUUCUGGGAAUUGCAAUGGAUGAUUUUGGCAUCAUGGUUCUGGAUAUAGAAACAAGAAAAAUUGUAAGGAAGUUUUCAGGGCACCAAGGUCAGAUAAAUGACAUGGCUUUCAGUCCUGAUGGCCGUUGGCUAAUAACUGCAUCCAUGGACUGUACUAUUAGGACUUGGGAUCUACCAUCUGGAUGUCUUGUUGACUGUUUUCUAUUAGAUUCAGCAGCAGUAAGCAUUACUAUGGCUCCAACUGGGGAUUUCCUAGCUUCUUCCCAUGUGGAUGAUCUUGGAAUUUACCUAUGGUCUAACCGUUCCUUGUAUUCGCUUAUCUCUUUGCGUCCACUCCCAGCAGAUUAUGAGCCGUCUGUGGUAAUGCUUCCUGGAAGUUGUCCUGCUCGAGAUGUAGAUGUCAUGGAAGAGGAAGAAUCUAGUGAUGAGAUGAUAGAAUACGAUUCUCCAGAGCAGCUGGGAGAAGCAUUAGUGACUCUUUCUGUGUUGCCAGAAUCUAGAUGGAAGAACCUGCUCAAUCUUGAUAUUAUUAAGCAAAAGAAUAAGCCCAAAGAGCCACCAAAAGUGCCAAAAUCUGCACCAUUCUUCAUCCCCACAGUUCCUGGUCUCGUACCACGAUAUGCUUCCGUUCAACAUGAAAAUGAUGGUCAACAGUCAAAACUAGUAAAUCUUGGCAUAUUGGCACAAAAAUCUGAAUUCCACUUACAGCUUGAAGAAGCCCUGAGAAGCAGCAAUUAUACGUCUCCACUUAGUAUUCUGAAGGACAUGGGGCCAUCUAAUAUUGAGACAGAACUGAGAGGCUUGUCACCUGAUGGUGGUGGCACCAUUGAGGUCAUGAGGAGCUUCCUAAGAAUGAUUGAGGCAAUGCUGAAUACAAAGUGUGACUUUGAACUGGCUCAAGCAUACCUCGCAUUGUUUCUGAAGUUGCACUUUAAAACCCUUUCCUCAGAGCCAUCUUUGCUGGCAGAAGUAUCCAGGCUGUCACCCCAACUUGAGGAAAUCUGGAUUCAUUUACAGACUCUUUUCAACCAAAGCCUUUGCAUUUUAAAUUACAUGAAGACUGCUUUGUUAUAAAGUACCUUUUGUUCUGUAAAAAAUCAAGAUGUUGAAUCUCCAGUUUCUUGUAUAAAGCAUGUUUCAUGAUGAAUAUGUGUGGGGGUUUUUAAAAAAAGUUAAAUAUAUUUUGUUCAGAUUUAAAUAUGAAUCUCUGCUCUCUUCACAAAUUCGCAGUGUGGAUUUUCUAUUUAAACUGCAAAUAAAAGUAAAUUCCCUGUCCUAAAUUAAGACAUUUAUUAUGAUAAAAUACCCAGUAUCUAAUAAUAAAUCAAAGCAAUAUCAACAAGAGCUGAUGUCUGCUGAAUGACCUGAACGCUGGGCAGGUGUGGAUCUAGUUAGUGAUCAUAUUGGAAGAACACGUGGAACCCCAUGAAAGAGUGGGAUAGUGAACAUGGUAAGAGGUAAAAAUCUGAACUUCUCUGUGCUGAAAAACACUUGUGUAUAUUGCAUUGAUGUCUGCAUUAGCUGUAAAAUUUAUUGGGCUGCAAUCCUAUACGCACUUACAUGGGAGUAAGUCCCAUUGGGGCUUACUUCUAAAUGGACAUGUAUAGAAUUACACUGUUAACAAAUAUAAUUGUAAGGUACAUCACUUUAAACCAGUUUGGAGCUUUUCAUAAACUUUAGACAUCACAGUAUAUCGCAGAAACUUGUCCUGUACAGUGAUGAGGAUUUUGUUGGAAAAUAUUGAUUUGGAAAAAUUUUCAAUGCUAAUUAGGGUCCUUCGCAUAGGGAAAUUUUCAGUUUGCAUUGGAAAAUGUUCUGAUACCCUAGAGCAGGGGUCGGCAAAUUGUGGCUGUCUAGAUGUUUGGCCUACAACUCCCGUCAUCCCUCACCUUUGGCUAUGCCAGCUAGAGCCUAUGGGAGCCAUAGCACAACAUAUCUAGAUGGCUACAAGUUGCACAAUCCUGCCCAAGAGAGAUGUAAUUUAGCAUAUUUAUUUUAUUUGUAUUUAGUAAACAGCAAAGCUAAAAAAAAAAAGGUACUGCAGGUUAACUUUUUGUCUCAACAUACCACAAGUAUUUGAUCUGGAAUAUUUGAGGGAGGGGGGAAUAAAAAGACACAUGAUGUGAUUUAAAUGUUAUAUCAUGUAGAAUAUUUAUUUGGAAUACAA